CCGCAUCCCCGUCUCUCCCCACUCCCCCCUCCCUCCACUCGGCAAGGACUGUGGUUUCCCCGCCUCAUGCCACUGCACCCCAUGCUCUUCCCUCGCUCCCUGCCACCUCCACCCCUCCCCUCUCUGCGCUGUCUCCAGCUCCAGUUACCGUGCCUGCCAGUGCUGCCACCCCUGCCGGUGCUGCCGUGCCUGCCAGUGCUGCACCUGCCAAUGCCCCCUCCGCUGUCACUGCUGCCGCUGCAACAGUUUCCUCUGCAAAGCGGGUAUGCAAGUGGCAGCCGUGGCACGGACAGGGGCACCGGCCCUAGUGGCAGCUGCAGCAGCACCGGCAGCAGCAGCAGUGCAUGCAAGGGCAGCACCACUACCACAAGCAGCAUCAGCAUUGCCACACGCAGCAGCAGCAGCAGCAGUAGCACAUUUACCAGCAGCUCCGGACAAGCACGAGCAGCAGCAGGCAGCAGUGGCAGUGCAAAUGUGAGUCACAUGCCUGUGCAGCAACUGCCCGGCCACGUAAGAUCAGCAAGUGCGCCGAUGCAUGCAGGAACAGCACCAGCGACGCAUGCAGCAGCAGCCACACGCACAGCAGCUGCACCCACAACGGCUGCAACGGUAGCAGCAGUGCCACAAGCAACAGCAGCUCCAAGAGGCGGAUAUACUCCUGCCCAGGCAAAGCCACAGCAAGUCUCGCCGAGGCAAUCAGUGCCGAACCAAGCAGUGCCGAGCCAAGCAGUCCCGAGCCAAGCAGUGCCGAGCCAAGCAGUGCCGAUCCAAGCAGUGCCGAGCCAAGCCGUGCCGAGCCAAGCCGUGCCGAGGCAGGGCAUGGCACGGGCUGCUGUGGCAG